CUCUGAAAGAUUGAACUCUCUUCAAGUGGCUCAUUCGUUUGGGUGUGAUGGAAUCGCCUUCAAAGAAGAGAAAACGUGAUGUUAGGCUACAAAUCGUGCCUUCUGAUAAAGCCGAGCUAGGGCCCGCUCUUGUCACAUAUUCUGCCGUCGUUCCUCCUUCCGACACUUCGUUUCGAGCACUCAAAUCCACCCCUCCAGCAGGAGAUCCGCUCAAGCCUUUCACCUUCGUCAAGGGAGAAAGCGAGUCUGUUGAAUUUGAGAGCAUUGCUGGAAAUGGCUCAGCAACGAAUCAAACCUGCCAGUACAUGCUCGGGAUUUAUGAUAAAGACAACAGCGUCAUUCGCCUGCACGCGGCUCCGCACUAUGUUGUGGCCCAUUCUGUAAAGCGCGUCAAGGCUCUGACUUAUUCCACUUCUCCAUCUUUAACGACCGGUCAGCAGAAGCACGAGUUAAGUGAAGCAUUCGGCGCCGCAAAAGCUGUUAAAGCUGCUCGCCAAGCACAGCGCAAUCAAGUGGACUUGUCCGCCGUGGAAAACGUAACACAUCUCCAGCAGACCGUGGACGCUAGAACCGCAAGUCUCCCGACUGAAGAGGAACACCGAAAAGUGUCUAAUGAGCACAUGCCAUUUCCUCGUGCCAAUCUUCAUGCAUCUAUUCCAGGCGAGGUGUACAACUUGGACGAUAUUGCACUGCCGGAGGAACUCAAGUCAUUCGAUGUGAAACCAAUCCUCUCCGCUCAUACGAAUGCCGACCGUGCUCAACUGUUACCGUACUUAAGUUCAAUUUGGGCAAGAGACUGCCUACAAACAUUGUUUGGCGCAGGAGCGCCCGAUGAAAGCACACUGAGGGAGUUCAUGUUUGCUUGUUCGAUGAUGGCGUUCAGAAGCCAUUUCUUACAGAAAGUGGGAUUCGGACGAAGGAAAAUAGGAGCAAUACUGGAGGAACAGCAUGGAAUACCGAGCCUCGUUAUCCACGGUCUUCUUGAUCGCUUUACUGAACAAUCAGAAUCACGCAGGAUGCUAACAUCAACGAUGGGCAUUCGGUUGACGUCGCAUUUGCUUGCGCUUUGUCUCCGCUUAAACCGUUACACACUCCCACUUGAAGCGCUGUCCCUUGACCUUGCUCUUGACUACCCCAAACUGCGCGGCUUUAUGAUGGGUUUAGGAUGCCGCUUCACUCUCAACAAGCAAGCUGUAUUGAGUCUGCCCCUCUCUAAGGGUAUCAACCAGCGUUCCAGAAAGAGCAGAUCCAGGCGUUGAUCGCAUCCAAGAUCAGAUCAUGAUGAUCGUCCCUCUCCUGGCGAUUAAACGGUUCAAUGUGUGUGCGUGGAUCGUCCGUGUUGGCAUAGCGUUCAGGCUAUGGUUUCUUGCUAGAAUCAUAUUAACCACCUACUCAUACAUAAUGAUUAGUUUGGCUGGGGCUAUAACGCGAGUCAUCUUAUCGCCG